GAUUGGAAAAAAAUUAGUAGAGAAGGGUUUGGCACUGUAUAUAGUGCUUUUUUAAGAGAUGUUGAAAUUAUAGCUAUAAAAAGUUUAGAUUAUUUUGGCAUAUCUAAAUCAUUAGAGAAUAACUCUAAAUCUAUUUCUG